GAGCUUGGAGUGUCUGGAGCGGGAGGAGUUGGCGGCGGACCCCCUGUCACACCGCAGGGACCCAAGACGGGUCGAGUGAAAAAGAUGGUUCGAUUGGCGGCAGAACUGUUGUUGCUUUUAGGACUUCUACUUCUUACCUUACAUAUUACGGUGUUAAGGAGCAGCCCGCUGAAUCAAGGGAAUUUAACUUUGAGCCAGGAUCAGCAGUAUACAGUGAUUGCAGAGAAUAAUGUCAGAACAGAGAGCAGUUUGUUAGCCCAGCAGGGUCCAGGGAAGCGGAGAGGAUCAGAGCCCCAGUCAGCCCAGAGGCCUGCUGCCCUCCCCUGGGCCCCGAGUCAGGCUACCGGAGGUAGCCUGCAGAGAUACAGGCCUGGGGCCUUCCUCCUGGACCUCAGCAACUUCCCUGACCUCUCCAAGGCUGAUAUAAACAGACAGAACCCCAACAUACAGGUGACCAUAGAGGUGGUGGACGAUCUAGACGGGGCGGAGCAUGAGAAAGGCCUGAAGGAGAACAAACCAGGUUUGGCCGCUACCAACUGGAGAAACUGGUGGCAAACCACCUCUUCAUCCUCCUCCUCCUCUUCUUCUUCGGUCUUGACCCCACGUCGACCCAAGGAGCAGGCUAGGGAGCAGCAGCCCACCUACAGAGGAGGAGUAACAAGUGGCAGUAACACAGAGGAUAGUAACUUCCUAAAACCACUAGAAGGCUGGGAGAGGAGAGGAGGCGCAGGAGGAGGACGUGCCAGCAAGGUUCAGGCUGAAUAUGACUAUAUAGAUGGAGACGGUGGAUGGAGUAACUGGUCUCCAUGCAGUGUAACCUGUGGGAACGGGAACCAGAAGAGGAUCAGGUCAUGUGGUUACGCCUGCAGCGCCACAGAGUCACGCACCUGUGACAUGCCACCCUGCCCAGGUAUUGAAGAUGUGUUCAAGACAGCCGCCACUGAGGUCAGUCUACUGGCUGGAACAGAUGAGUUCAACGCUACAGAGCUCUUUGGUGUCGUCAUUGUAUUUCUAUGGUCCACCCUGCACAGUUCAGCCUUCCUGGGCCUGCUUAUCAUUCCUCAGAGCUUCACUGGGACGGAGGAGGAGAAAGAGGAGAGGAAGAACACAGCAAACUCUGCUCUGUGA